AUAUGGAACUAAAGUGGAAGUUCAACUGAAGAAACUCUGCUUACUUCCAUCCAAUUGGAGGCCGGUCCGCUUCUGUCACAUCCAAUCUGCUCCGGGCCACACCUCCACGAAGUCCAAUCAGCAUCCAGCGUUCUACUUAAAAGCUGCUCCAUAUCAUCCCUCAGCCUGCUUCUCAGCAAUUGCGAGAAGACUGAUCAUGUCGGACUUCGAUUCGGAUUACCCUACCGGGUCCCUAUCGUACAUCCUAGGAACCAACCAAUCUUCAAACCCUCCAACCCGAAGGAGCUCCCGCAUAGCCGCGCUUUCAUCUCCCUCCUCCGUUUUACGCUCCAAGCGGAUUCUGCCAGGCUCUGACCUCGACUCCGCUCAGCGAUCCCAACUUGCCUCCCUUCUGCCUCAGUAUGAUUCCUCUCCUUCUGCUCCGCCAUCCGCUCCUCCGUCCGUUUCGAACCCAGGUCUCAAGCGGGUAAGCAAGUCCUCCGCUCCCCCCGCCAAACGCGGCAGAGGACGCUCCAGCUUCACCCCAGUUCCAGCCGCUGUUGUGCCCGGUCCCUCUCUUCGCUCCGAGGCAAAUCCAGGUCCUUCUUCAACUGUUCCCAUUAUGCCGGCGGCUCACUCCUCAGCGGGACCAUCCUCCCCCAAUCCUUUUCCCGUCGAACAGUUUUCAGCUUCUCUCUGCUCAACCUUGGACUCUCUCAAUCGAUCCGUCUCAACUUUGUCAGCUCGCAUCGAAGCCAUGGGAAAUUCCCACACUGCCACGUCAUCUCUGCCGCAGCCGGAUCCCCUCCCGCCCCCUUCCUCAUUCACACUUGCAAACGCCCUUCCCGGGCCAGCAUUAGGCACACCUUAUGUUCCUAUGUUUGCUAACGUUUCUUCCCGCCUCCGCUCAAGUAUUAUUCAAGGAAAAUACGUCAAUUUAGUUUCACUUAUUCUUCCCUCACCCGAAGUCGAUCACCAGGUUGCAUCUGCAGGCGAUUUCACAGCCAUUUUUAAAUCAUCCGAUCCCCGUUUAUCUAAAGACCUCACUAUCGGCCAGUUCCUCGCAGCAUUCAGCAUUUACCGAGACAUCCUCUGUUCAGUUUAUCCGGAUCGCAGGGUCGAGCUCGAUUCAUAUCUCGCUUUAAUAGCAGAUCUCCAGAUCAAAUUCGGCAAUAACCUCUUCUAUCAAUAUCACAAAGCAUUUGCUAAAAAAGCAGCUGCAACCUUGGCACAAUCCGGGGUCUGCUUGAACUGGUCCAUUCUAGAUACAAAUCUCCUCAUCAUGUUAACCCAGUCUAUUCCUUGUUCCUCUUGCCAUUCUUCCGGUCACCUUAGUGCAUUUUGCCCAUCAAUCCCCUUCCAAUCCACUCCGUCUAUUCCUCCGCCGCCUCCUCUUACCUUCUUUCAGCCUACUGACCGUAGAGGCAGGAAAAUCCAGUUAUUGCAAGGAUGCGCAUCCCAGGUCUGUCUGUCCUCGCCGAGCUCCGUUCAAAAGAAAUCGUAUUUCCAAACCCUAAUAGCCCGUCAUCUUUCAACCCCCAUUAUCAUUUCCGAACUGGCAGUUUGUCUUCUCUCUCACCCAGACCGCACUUUCGUUAAUUUCAUCCUCACCGGUUUAUCUCAAGGUUUUCUGGUCGGGGUCAGCAACCCCCCUUCCCUGACUCAUCCGACCUUCAUCCGACCCCCGUUCCUCCUCUAG